CACCGCCUCACCUCUCUGGGAGGGGGCACCUGCUAGCUCUUUUUAGCCAAUGAGAAAGGAAUCCUCCCCCCCUAGCCUCCACGUGUGCUGCUGAGGGUGGGGGGUGGGGGGUUAAAAUCCCAGAAGGGUCUCCACCCCCUCUCCAGUGAGUCCCAAUGACAAGCAGGUCCAGGCCUGAUGCUAGGUGCUGGGCUCCAGGGCUUUGCUGUGGGAUUCCCAGGGUGAGGCAGAGGGGAAGCCAGACACCAUGAGCUCAGUCCCCAGCCACCAGUGGCUGGACCAUGUCUUCAGCGCGGUGGAGAGCGAGUUGGAAAUGGGCCCCGAGCCAGAGGAUGCCUCAGAGAGGGAGAUCAGGGUGGUGCUGGAGGAGAAAGAGCUGUGGAUGAACUUUAAGGAGCUCACCAAUGAGAUGAUAGUCACCAAAACUGGCCGGAGAAUGUUCCCAGUGCUGAAGGUCGGCAUCUCGGGUUUGGACCCCAAUGCCAUGUACUCUGUCCUCCUGGACUUUGUGGCUGCAGAUGGGAACCGCUGGAAGUAUGUCAACGGGGAGUGGAUUCCUGGCGGCAAGCCUGAGCCCCAGAGCCCGAGCUGCGUCUACAUCCAUCCCAAAUCCCCCAAUUUUGGGGCUCACUGGAUGAAAGCCACCGUCACCUUCAGCAAAGUCAAGCUCUCCAACAAGAUGAAUGGAGGGGGGCAGAUCAUGCUGAACUCCCUCCACAAGUACGAGCCCCGCGUCCACAUCGUGAAGGUUGGGGGGCCUCAGAAAGCGAUCAGCAGCUUUGCUUUCCCGGAGACCCAGUUUAUUGCCGUCACUGCCUAUCAGAACGAGGAGAUCACUGCCUUGAAAAUUAAACACAAUCCCUUUGCAAAAGCCUUUCUGGAUGCCAAGGAGAGGUGCGACUCCAAAGACGUUCUCGACCCCAGCAAUGAAGCUCAUCAGGCUGGCUAUUCACAGCUUGGGGGUUGGUUUCUGCCAGGCACCAGCUCUUGCUGUUCCUCUCCUGCCCAGUCUUCGUUCUCAGGCAGUCCUGGCCUCUCGUCUGGCCACAGCUCAUACUGCGAGACACACUCCAGCCUGCGGAACCCAAGGGCCUCACCUUAUCCGAGCCCAUUCAGCCAGAUCAACGCCUCACCAACCAAUUAUGUAGAUAACUCCACUGGCCUCUCCCUGGUGCCUGCCCCUGACAGCUGGCCUGGCCUGAGUCUCUUCAGCUCUACGGGGAUUCUACCCAGCACUGCCUCUCCCACAAGUCAAUAUUCUAGCCUGUGGUCCCUCACCAGCAACUCUAGCAGUCCCGCUACUCAGUCCAGCUCCAACCCCCAGUUCCUGAGAGGCUCUUCGGUCUCUUACAGCAGCUUGGCCUCUGCUAUCCCAGCCCCCUCCACAUCCCCAGUCUAUGACAAUGCCUUGGCAGAGGUGCCCUCGAGUGACGGUCAGUAUGACUCUGCUAUUUCCCGUCUGGCAUCCACUUGGGCAACAAUCACUCAGACUUACUGAUGCUGAGAAGUUGCCCUCGUCCAUCUUCAAAAAUAACUGGAAAGAAGCCGGCAGAGGGCAAGGAAAGGGGCAGCUGAACAAUGGUGUGAACCUCUCUGCUCUCACAGCACGUAGCUGAUUGCAUAGUCCUACAAGAUGAGAACAUGUCUCAGAACCUCCAUCAUUGUUUAAAGGCUGUGGCAGAAUAUGGAAGACGGACUCUUCUAGAGCAAGCAGAGGAUGAUACAGGUGGUAAUCUGUGCUCCGCAGCACCAGGGCAUAUCUCCAAGGAGAGAAUUAGCUUUACCCCCAUAGUUUGGAAAGCGACGAAAAAAGAUGCAACCUGUCUGACUCUCAGGAUGGUGGAGCAGAGCGCUGUCUUGUAGCGCGCAUGUCCCAGCAUAGCAUGCUGGCUGGCUGGACCUUGUUAUCACUUGCACACAGGAGACCCAAACAAGGACAAUAAGAUCUGCAAACACGUGUGGGCCAAGAUCUUGAAAAGCGGUGUAUUAUUUAUAGAGCUUCGUUGUAAAUAAACCUUUCUGACAACUAA